AUGACCACCUUCACGAAACUCACAGACGAGCAGCAGCCCGUCAUCUCGGUCAAUCCUAACCACAAGAUUGCCAAGAUUGAAGACAAUACCUAUGGCGGCUUCACUGAGCACAUGGGCCGUUGCAUCUAUGGUGGCCUCUACGACCCAGGCAGCCCCCUGUCUGACGAGAAUGGCUACCGCAAGGACGUGAUUGAGGCCUUCCAGGAGCUCAAGUGCCCCGUUGUGCGCUAUCCCGGCGGCAACUUCAUCGCGACCUACCACUGGCAGGAUGGCGUUGGCCCUCGCGAGAAGCGGCCCAAGAAGCAAGAGCUGGCGUGGCACGGUAUCGAGACAAAUGAAUUUGGAACGGAUGAAUUCCUGCGAUGGUGCGAGGUCGUCGGCACCGAGCCAUACCUGGCGCUCAACUUUGGCACGGGCACGCUUGACGAGGCUAUGGGUUGGCUCGAAUACUGCAAUUCGACGGCCGACAGCCAUUACGCGAACCUCCGGCGACAGAACGGCCGCGAAGAGCCCUACAACGUCAAGUACUGGGCGCUGGGCAACGAAUGCUGGGGUCCGUGGCAGGUCGAGCAGAUGACCAAGGAGGACUAUGCCAAGAAGGCAUGGCAGUGGGCCAAGGCGCUCAAGCUCCUCGACCCGAAUGUGCAAUUGAUUCUCUGCGGCAUGGAGGGCCCGACAUCUUGGGACGCCUACGUUACCAAGGAAUGUAUCAACUACACAAUGCAUGCGCUCGGAGACAACUCAGCCUCAUGCCUCAUUGACAUGCACAGCAUUCACAUCUACACGGCGUCUCCUGAACACCUCAAGAAUGCUACGGCGCCGCGGUCUGCCGAGCGUGCCAUUGAGAUCACGGCCAGCCUCAUUGAUCUUGCACGAAUCGAGAACAAGAUCCCCAACAACAUUCCUCGUCAGAAGAUUUGCUUUGAUGAGUGGAACGUCUGGGAUCCCGUGAGAGCGCCGGGCUGGCUUGGCGCUGAGGAGAAAUACACCUUGUCAGACGCCCUUGCUGUGGCUGUCUGGCUCAACGUCUUCAUCCGCCAGGCCAAAUACAUCGGCAUGGCAACAGUUGCGCAGUCUGUCAACGUCAUCUCUCCUCUUAUGACGACCAAAAACGGCCUCCUCAAGCAGCCAACGUGGUGGCCCCUUCUGCUUUUCAGCAAACAUAUGCGCGGCCAGACAAUCGGCGUCAAUGUCCAGUGCGGCGAGUAUGAGGGUCAGACAAAGCCCGAAUGGAUUCGCGGCACCAUUGAGACACCGUGGCUCGACGUCAGCGCGUCCAUCAACGACGAGGGCAUCGUUUCGCUUGUCGUUGUCAAUAUCCACGAGACCAAGAGAUUCGCGACCAAGCUCGAGGGCGUCUCCGGCAAGAUUGAUGUCUUCACGGUGGCGGGCCCGAGCAUUGACGCGGUCAACACGGAGGAGAAGGAAGAAGUCGGCAUUGCCGAAAGUUCCUGGGAUGGACAGGGCCUAUAUGAGUUCCCGCAGGCGUCCAUGACCAUGCUGCGGUGGAAGCCAUAA